CGUACUCCUUGAAUGUUCGGUUGAAAGACGGCUACGUCAGUGUUUGGGGAAACUUUGCUUGGAUUUGAAAAAAUCUGCCACACGGGGGGUUGUCUUGCUUGGCUCCUGUUACGGACUGUAGUGUUGUAGGUGGCUGGUCGAUUAUAUUGGAGCCAUUCAUAGUGUUCGGAUCACAGCAGUUAAAUAUUUUUCAGAACAGUAAGUAAUGGCAAUUUACUUGGUUUGAAAGGCGUCUUAUAACUGAACAUUCCUCUAAUCGGUCAUGGCCACCAUUUCGUGAUACGUGUUAAGUUGUUGCUUCAAGUGAAGUGCUGUAUUUAUAGACAACAGAAGAGCGAUGCUUACAAUAAAAUUCAUGUGAUAUAUUACGGAACUUUGAACCUCAAAUGCGUACGUGACAGUUCGUGAAACGUUAAGAACAGUUAAUGGAACUGUAAUUGAUCUGGGAACGUCGCUGCAAUUCUAACUGUUGUACUUUGAAUUCAAAUUGAGUCUGUUGUGCAAUGUCUGUGUGUUUCUAUUGGCUUCCGAGGACGAGUUGCAGAGGCGCCGAUGCUCCAGUAACAAAGGUGACGACGACUGACUAAACUUCGAGGGGACGUAACACUAUGUCCAAGACCAUCAAUGCCUAUCGUGUGAAGAAGAUAGAGUCUAUCGGCAAGAUGACCCAGAUGACGCAAGAAGAGAUCAUGACGAACACCAAAACGGUGGUUCAGGGUCUAGAAGCGCUGAAGAACGAACAUAACUCCAUCUUGAACGGCCUUACUUCGAGCCUUGAGCUAGCAGUGUCGGUUGUCGAGAAAGCUCAGCAGGCCAUACAGCAGCAAAAUGUCAGCAGCGGUGGAGUUACUUCAGGAGGCGCUGGAGAUGCUAGCGUCGUCGAAGAGAAGACAGGGCUUGUGCAGAAGUCGCUGGAAAUGAUCGAGCUCGGCUUGGGAGAGGCCCAGGUUAUGAUGGCCUUAGCCUCACACCUCCAAAUUGUUGAGGCUGAGAAACAAAAGCUGCGGACCCAAGUUCGACGGUUAUGCCAGGAAAAUGCCUGGCUUCGGGAUGAGCUGGCCAACACACAACAAAAACUGCAGGCAUCUGAGCAAGCCGUUGCUCAGUUAGAGGAAGAGAAGAAACACCUUGAAUUCAUGGCAUCAAUUCGUAAAUAUGACCAGGAUGUUACAGGAGAUGAAUCUUCAACUGAAACUAAGCAGGAUAAACCAAAACAGGAUGAUCCUGUUGUGGACUUGUUUCCGGAUGAUGAUGCGGAGGAAAGGAGCACGAUGUCUCCAACACCUCCAAGUCAAUUUGCCCAGCAAGUGAAUGCUGGAUAUGAGAUUCCUGCCCGACUACGAACACUUCACAACUUAGUCAUCCAGUAUGCUUCACAGGGAAGGUAUGAAGUGGCCGUGCCACUGUGCAAGCAAGCACUUGAAGAUCUGGAGAAAACUAGUGGUCAUGAUCACCCAGAUGUUGCAACUAUGCUUAACAUCCUGGCCCUGGUAUAUAGGGACCAGAACAAAUAUAAAGAAGCAGCAAAUUUGCUAAAUGAUGCCCUUGCCAUUCGAGAGAAGACACUGGGAGAAAAUCACCCAGCAGUGGCUGCUACCCUCAACAAUCUAGCUGUUUUAUAUGGCAAACGAGGGAAGUACAAGGAAGCUGAACCCCUCUGCAAACGGGCACUAGAGAUUCGAGAGAAGGUCCUUGGAAAGGACCAUCCUGAUGUGGCCAAGCAACUUAAUAACCUCGCACUCCUGUGCCAAAAUCAGGGAAAAUAUGAAGAAGUUGAGAGAUACUACCAGCGGGCCUUGGAGAUAUAUGAGUCAAAGCUGGGACCUGACGACCCCAAUGUCGCCAAAACAAAGAACAAUUUGGCAUCAUGUUACCUGAAACAGGGCAAGUACAAGGAGGCUGAAAUCCUAUACAAACAAGUGCUGACACGUGCCCACGAGCGGGAGUUUGGCACCAUUGAUGGAGACAACAAGCCAAUCUGGCAGGUGGCAGAGGAGCGUGAGGAGAACAAGCAUCGCAACAAGGAGAACGUUCCAUAUGGUGAAUAUGGUGGUUGGCACAAGGCAGCCAAGGUUGACUCCCCCACUGUAACUACCACCCUGAAGAACCUAGGUGCACUGUAUCGUCGCCAGGGCAAAUACGAAGCCGCUGAUACACUAGAAGACUGUGCUCUCAGGUCUAGGAAGGAGGCCCUAGAAAUUGUAAAGCAAGCAAAAGUAGCACAGAUAUUGGGUGGAGAAGCUGGUGACAAGAGACGUAGUUCAGGGGGGAAAGAGCGCACAAACCGGAGGGGAUCAAGGGAGUCGCUGGAGUUAAUGCAGUAUGAAGGCGAGGAGUAUGGCAAACUCAGGCGCAGUGCUUCAUUCUCGAAGCUACGGGCUUCAAUAAGACGGUCGAGUGCCAAGCUGAUGCAGAAACUGACAAACCGGGGUGAUGGUCAGCCAGGAGGCCCCACUCAUACAAUAGACAACUUUAGUAACAGCAUGAAGCGCGCAAGUUCACUGUCCGUUCUUAGUAGCCAGAAUUUGGAACAGCAUGGGAGUGGCGGCGGGUCAUACUUGAUGAGUCUUCGUGGUCGUACUGCAAGCACAGAACAGUUGCGAGUUAAAGAGGCUAGAUAGAAUGAUCCACAUUCAACUUGAGAGUCAUAAACCUGCCUACAUAUGGUGCCAAUAUGACACACAAUCUGAAUGUAGAAUGUUCGAAAUUCCAUGUAAGAAUCGUCGCCAGCUCAAUCACAAAAAUAUUGGAAGAAAGUUUAUUUAUACUAUUCUGUCUAUACCCAGUAAAAUGCAGCAUUGUUAUAUAACAGUUCUUAUUAGCCUCAGUGUGGCUGAAAAACUGCUAGCAAGACAAAGUAUAAGCUUCUUGCCUUACAUUUAUUUUCUUUGGCAGUAAUUUAUCAUUUUCCCAUGGCAGCUUGCUAAUAAAUGAAAGUUGAAAAAAUCUCAGGAAAUUAUAUGUAUAGGAAUUUCAUUUCUCUGUGUAAAUUAUAUGACAAAGAGGAGAACUUGAGAGAUGGAGGGGAGACAGCAGGGCCUGAAUUCAAGGACUUUACCAUCUGACUCUCGCUUGUCUCACCUUAUAAUUAAUUUCCUGAUAUUCCUACCCAUAAAAAACAGAGAACCGACAGCAUAUGGUUUCAUUGCCUAAUCUGUAUUCAAGAAUUGCCAGUGCAAGUCUUUUCUUGGUUUCCAGUGGUUCAUGGUUUCCCUUGGUCUUUUCAAAUGAAUGCCAGGAUAGUACCGUUCGCUUGUCUGUUCAUUCAGGACAGAAACCCUGUCAAAGUAACAUGUUUGCUUACACCUUAGCUCUUUGUUCCUCUAAAAUUCAGCUUCCAUUAUGGCAGAUGCCCAGUUUUCUCUGUUAUUUGCCUUUUGCAUCCACUGCACUUCCUGCAGUUCCUAUAACAUUAUUAAAUGACAAACAACAAAUUUAAAUCGUGGAUGAAUGAGACUUUUGCAUUAUAUUCAGUUCAAAGAAUUAUAUUCUCCCAGCUAAUUGCAGUAUCUUCAAACACUUCCUCAGGAACUGCUCUCCACUUUCUCAUGUUUCUCUUACUUUACAAGGAUUUUUCUUCUUAUGAUUGCAAUUCUGGGACAAAUUUUGAAUAGCUGUGCUAUGCAUAAAUGAGGAUAUUGGAUAUUUGUGUCUCUGAACAUGUUUUUUUUUUAUGUAUUUCAUGUUGUGGGAAUACUAUAGCAUCAGUGGAAUUUCAUUUUGUGUCUUGCAUCACUUGUUUCCAUGUUAUGGUAAACUUAUGACAUUAACAUGCAUUCCGGUACACUAACAAUCAUGCAUUUAUGUGACAUUUAAAUAUCAUGUGCAAUAAACUCAUAUGUGCUGUUUUUUAGUCAUACAUUCAAAUGUCAAAAUUGUUGUAUUUGAAACAGAGUAUGAUGAGUAAAGUAUAAUAUAUAAGGCAGUGGUGCAUUUAAAUCUUUACUCCUACUGACAUAGCUGACAAACUGCUUGCUGACCAGUUACAGAGGAGAAUGAAUAUAGUUAUCAGAGGUAAAUGAUCAUUUACCAAGUCAUUAUUGCCCAUAAUGCCCUUAAGGUGAACUGGAUUAUUGUUGCACUCUAUGACAAGCACCCCCAUUGCACAGUCUCACUUGUCAUCAGCAUCAGAACUCAAGAUUUCACUACACAUGAUACAGACAAAUGCUGCCUUUUUCUUACUUCUGUUUCAAAAUGAAUUCAUUUUUGAAUUCCAAGUUAGCUAACCAACAUCGUCGAAAAGUUCAGUAUAAUAGUAAAUACCACAAAAAUUCUUUGAGACUUACAAAUUAUAUGAACCCAGGAUCUACCUUAAUGUUUCAUAUUUGGAAUUGCUUUGGGGUUCUUUAGUAAAAAUUCCUUCUGUUUAAUAUUCUGUUCUGUUUUCCUUUAACGCCCUCAUUUUGAUAUCUUUCUUUAAUUUGCAGGAACCUGUUAAAGGGAGAUUGAAAGAAUGUGUAAAAUCUAGAGAGAAAAAUAUUAUAUCUUGAGUUCUGAUUGCCUAUGUUGUAAAUUAUUAGCUUUCCUCAAUUUUCUGGACAAACAGUUUUAAUAUCUUGAAGCAGAAUCAUCCCAGUGGCUAGCUAAAAAUGUGAAUGAUGCUGAAGUAAGUAUUUGAGAAAAAGAUGGUCAAGAAUGUAGUUUGGCAAAUACAUCACCUUUACUCUUUUUUUUUUUUUUUGGCAAUUUUGUUUACUUAACUGAAAUAGCAGGCAAAAUUUUUUAAUGUGUGUAUUCUCUUGUAAGUAGUAUAGUAGCUCUAUAACAUCAAAACUUCCUCUGAGAGGCUGUAAUGCUCAAAUGACUUUAUGAGAACAUUUCAUCUGGCAAUGCUUGUAACAGCCUGCAUUAAUCUUUUUGAUAAAGUUUCUUAUAAUUUUCAUAUUAUAAAUUGUUUUAUGCUGUUUUUUAACUGUUAGCCCCCUGUUAGGUACCAGGUCACUGUCAUAAACUUAAAGCAGAACCUGCUACUUUUGCAGCCUAGGGCCUGUAGACAAAAUAGAAAUAAUAGAGAUAUGUAUAACAUAUCACAAUGUUAAAAAAGUAAAGAUUGAUAUAUCCAAAAUACAUAAUGCAAUGUUGCCAGUGUAAACAGACUGACUAUUACACCAUGACAUUAAAGACUGGCAUCAUGUUCUUAUCAGUGUUCCCUUUAAGCUACAGACAUGUGUGGCCAUAUAGCUGUACAGCUGAAACCAAGUGAAGUAAAGGGAACAUUGCAUUAUUGGUGCUAUGAGGAAAUCAGCAUGAAAUCAGAUUAUAGUAAAGCAGAACCAUUGUAAAGUGGGGGCUGACUAUAUAUUAAUAUAAUAGUUUAAUUUUUAUGUUCCUUUCAUUAUUAUGGACAAUGUACAUACUAUAUUUUUAUUUAAUACACAAUGCAGAGUUUUGUUGUUUUCAUAUUGUUUGGAAAUGGAACUCUCAAUUCCCAAUAUUCUGUCAUAUUGGGAUAUUCGAUGAGCUAUAUUAUGAACAUGCCCUAGCAUACAAAUCAGGACCUCUCUUACUAUGCAGAUAGGUGAAAAAAAUCACGACUAUUGUUGGUAUUCUAUAGUUGAUUGAAAGGUGAGAUAUGUUGUAGCUUAAAUUUAUUCUUCUGUUUAUCAUAAUAAUAAACCUGAACAUUAUUCCAAGUUGUAUGUACGUAUUUAUACUGUUUUAACAUACCGAAUGAAUGUAUAGUUAUUUUACAUUCCAAGACAAGGCUACUGGUGUAUACAAUGAAUUUAGCAGUCAUUCAUAUUAUUUUAGAAACUGAAAAA